AUGGAGGAAACGAGGCAAGUGCUGAAGAGGCAAGUGGAAGUAACUUCAAAUUCAGACAGGAACAAAGAUGUGUUUGAGGAAUACCUAAGGAGACAGCAGAAGCAACACCAGAGCACACCACCUUCUGAAGAACAAAAAGGUUUGGAAAUUGCCAUUGACUUUAUAAUUGCAGAUUUAUUACGUGAUGCCAUCCAUGGGCUGUCCGCAGAGACGCCGCCGGUCUGCGGCCCCGUCGCGGCUACCUGCCGCCCGCCGUCGCAGCCGGGCAGCGCCGGGAUUUUCGCCGCCGCCGCGGCGUCCCUCCCCGACGUGGCUCCGCCGUGGUGUGGCGGCCCCCGCUGCUGCUGCUGCUGCUGCCGCCGCUACCCCGCGCCCGCCGCUCGCCCCGCCGACGCCGAGAGCGGCUCGGUCCCCGCCGCCCGUCCUGCGGCUGCCGCGGCCGGCCCUGGGGCCGGGUCCGCUCCGGCAGAGGCGGUGGCAGCCCCGGCGGCGGCGGCGGCCGCCGCGGCUCCUCCUCCUCCUCCGCCUCCUCCACGGCCGCCGCCGCCGCAGGGCCCUAAAGCCGCCCGGCUGAAGAGGAUGGUGCGGCUGGCCGCCGAACUGCUGCUGCUGCUGGGGCUGCUCCUGCUCACCUUGCACAUCACGGUGCUGCGCGGCGGCGCCGAGCCCCCCGCCUCCCCCGGCAACCAGAGCCAGCGGCAGAACACACUCGCUGCAGAUGACCAUUCUCCAGAAGACAGCUUCACCCUGAACCCGGAGGACAGAAGAGAAUACCCUGAUCUCCAGGCUGCCCACCGGCCGUUCCCUAAGCAGCGAUUCAGGCAGGAAAACGGGCAUACGUCCUUGCAAAGAGAUGGACCCAGAUCUUUCCUCCUUGAUCUUCCAAACUUCCCUGACCUAUCAAAAGCAGAUAUCAAUGGGCAGAAUCCCAACAUUCAGGUUACCAUUGAAGUGGUGGAUGGCCCUGACACUGAGACAGAGAAAGAUCUGCAGAAAGAAAGCAGCAAGCCUAGCUGGCCAGUCCCGUCACCUGACUGGAGAAACUGGUGGCAGAGGUCUUCCACCUUGACUCGCAUGAGCAGUGGUGACCAGGACUACAAGUAUGAUAGCACUACUGAGGACAGCAACUUCCUAAACCCUCUCGGUGGGUGGGAUAGUCAUGCACCCAGUCACCGGACAUUUGAGUCCAAGGAGCAGCCAGAGUAUGAUUAUAUUGAUGGUGAGGGAGACUGGAGCCCGUGGUCCCUUUGCAGCGUCACCUGUGGAAGCGGCAACCAGAAGCGGACAAGGUCCUGUGGGUACGCCUGCACUGCCACCGAGUCACGGACCUGCGACAGGCCCAACUGCCCAGGGAUUGAAGAUACCUUCCGAACAGCUGCCACAGAAGUGAGCUUACUUGCAGGAAGUGAAGACUUCAAUGCUACCAAACUGUUUGAAGUGGAUACCGAUAGCUGUGAAAGAUGGAUGAGCUGCAAAAGUGAGUUCUUGAAGAAAUACAUGCACAAAGUGGUCAACGAUCUUCCCAGCUGCCCGUGCUCCUACCCCAGAGAGGUUGCAUACAGCACUGCUGAGAUCUAUGAUCGAAUGAAGAGGAAAAACUUUCGCUGGAAAGAUGCGAGCGGUCCGAAGGAGAAACUGGAGAUCUACAAGCCAACCGCACGAUAUUGCAUCCGCUCCAUGCUCUCUUUGGAAAGCACAACGCUUGCAGCGCAGCACUGCUGCUAUGAUGAUAACAUGCAGCUGAUUACCAGAGGGAAAGGGGCAGGUACACCCAACCUGAUCAGCAUCGAAUUCUCAGCAGAACUCCAUUACAAAGUGGACAUUCUGCCUUGGAUUAUAUGCAAAGGUGACUGGAGCCGGUACAAUGAAGCACGGCCUCCGAACAAUGGGCAGAAGUGCACAGAAAACCCUUCAGAUGAAGACUACUACAAGCAAUUUCAAGAAGCAAGGGAAUACUGAGAAGCUUGUCUUCUUCUUCAGACACAAAGUAGCAUUCGUUUCCUGGAUGCCAAAGAACUGAUAAGGGCUGCUGCAUUGUCUCCUUGACAGGAGUUGAUCAGUUUCUUUCUAAUGAAUGUAUAUAGUUGUAAUAUAAUACAUAAGUAUUUUUCAUAGUGUGUGUAAUUUAUAAACACAUAUCUCUCUAUCUCACACACACCUAUUUUUACAUACAGCCAUACAUAAAACUUGUCCUGGUAGGAUUUUAUACCGCAAUAAUGUUCAUUUAAUGAUGUGCAUUUCAUUUUAUUCCCCAACUGUAACAUAAG